UAUAGAAAGCAGUUUCACCCUGCUGCGCUCUCACACAGCGCAGCCAAGACACAGAACAUCAUCUUCUCCAGCACACACUCAGACCGAGAUGCAGAACGCACAUCAUAGUCUUACCAAACAGAGACAGCAGCAGGCCAUGAUCCUGAGCAGAGAGGCAAAGGGAGGUCUGAACCUUGGGAAAAAGAUCAGCGUUCCUAAGGAUGUGAUGAUGGAGGAGCUGAACCUGAACACCAACAGAGGAUCCAUAAUGUUCCAGGAGCGUCAGAGGAGAGUGGAGAGAUACACGCUGGAGAACUCAGGAGACGCUUCCACCGGCAUAUAUAACGACAUGGAUCAGAAUCAAAUCCAGAACCAGAACCAGAACUACAUGAUGACAGACAUGCAGGGAGGGAAAGAGAACCUGCUGUAUCCAGUGGCCGGUAAACACAGUCUCGUCACCAGCCUGAAGAACACAGUGGCCAAGAAAGGAAGCCCAAACGUCCUCGCACCAGGCUACUCCGGACCACUAAGAGAGAUCCCUCGAGAGAAAUUCAAUGCCACAGUGAUCCCGAAGUCUUAUUGUUCACCGUGGCGGGAAGCCCUGGGAGAAAGUGAAGAGCUUCUCUCCUCACUCAACACUCAGAUACCUCAACCGCCACAGAAACUCCCGCCAGCGAACUACAGGUGCUUUAACAGAGCCGCGGUGCCAUUUGGAGGUCCCGUGUGCAGUCAGAGGGUGAUUCCUGUUAUUGGAUUUGAAACUCUGGAGACUCAAAACCUUCCUGGCAUGACCUUGGCCACCAUGUCCAAACGACGCAACUUCAACAGAGCCCCGCGGGGAUGGGGCAUCGGAUACUCGCCUGAGUCAAAUGACCUGUGAGCUCCACGCUGAUCCACAGCUGUAACAUUAGAGGAAAAGACUGGCAUGCCGUAAAGACCUGCGCUUUGCACUUUCGGACCGUCCCAUUAAGUUCCCUGCAGGUGAAAGGCCAGAGGAGAGCAGCUGGAAGUUUAGAUUUUUAUAGCAUUUGAAAACCAAAAUUAAACAUCAUGAUAAAGAUGAUCAGGAUAAGAUGUUUUAUCUCAGUGCUGGAUGAAGGAAGUCUUGGUUGCUCUCCUAGAACAAGACAAAUCCAUUAACACAUCUAUACAAUAAGAAAUGAGUCCAAAUCUUAUGAUUCAGAACUUCAAAAUACUGGCAUUUCAUGCAAAUAAUUGGUGUUCAAAGUAUUCAGUAGCCCCUAAAAUGUAUUUGGACACUUGAGGCACAUGGAAAAUAUGCAUGACAUUAGGAUUAAAUAUCAAUUACCUAUUGUUUUCACACUGAACAAACUCAAAUGUUUUGCUUGUAAAAUGUGCAUCUUUCUUAAAAUAAAUAACAUGCUUUAAUUUUUAUCUAAUGCAACAGUGUCCGAAUACUUUUUGGGCCGCUGUGUUUCUUAAAAACAGAGCAGACGGUACAUUUAAUGACAGCUAGUUUAAUGUUCACAAAAGAAAAUGGUAACCGUAGGUUCUUUCAAUAAAGUCUUUGUUUUUGAA